UAUGGCUCCAUCCAAACUGCUCGAGUCUACAAAGACGGACUUUCACGGCAUGCUCUACUGGCGUUUGUGGACGUCAAAUCAGCCGUCCGAGCAGCAAAUGCUGACCACAGAUUCAACGGUGCACCUUUAAACGUGGAAUACUGUGACACAUUUGACACUAGUGGAAUUACUCUCAAAUUACCAGACGUUUCUGUUGCUUCAGCGCACCUUGAUCGUUCUUGCAAAGAUCAGUCGAGCAAAAAGCUGCUACCCAGAACUACGCAUGAAGCGUCUCAACCUACGAAACCGAACGGUCAAUCGGGACGUCCUUAUCUAGUAUCCAAGAGGGCAGAUGAACGAACGUUUACGAAUCUUCACAACAAUGACCAAGUGCUUCGGCCGGUGCAAAGCUCAGCACUGCCUCUGAGAACUUCGGCUUCUCCGCGUGGGCUGAAGUUAAGCAACCUUCCUCCAGUCAGCAAACUUUCCGAUGAGCACUUGAGGCAAGGUUUGUUCACGGAAUUUCGGCGUUGCGGUCGUAUUCAGUCGAUCGUUCUUCCCGGCAGUAACUCUCCAGCAUCCUUAGCUCCAUCCGAGCUUUCUGGUGCCACUAGGGUCGCCAUCAUCACUUUUCGAAGAUCCGAAGAAGCCGAAAGCGCCUACCAGGCCAUUCGUAGUGGAGAAAAGUUGUUAUUUUCAACAUCUGUGGUUGUUGAGCAUCAUCCUGGUUUCACUGGGUCCGAGGAAUGUCCCCCCAAAUCUGGUCCGGGGAUAAAUGUCGCGGAACCUCUCAAUACAUCAACCACUUGUGUGAACGUUCCACCUCACCCUAAUUCGCGACUACAGCCGAAUCCAGACAAUUUCCAAGUCACUCAAACGAGCAAAUGUCCUACGCGAACACUAUAUGUCGCCGGUCUUACGGCUGGACCCACCGGUCCAGUUACAAGCGAUCAACUGACGACAGCGUUUCGGAAAUUUGGCGAUAUCAUAGACGUACAUCUUCAAACCAGUUCCGAUUCAGCUCUGAUUCAGUUUGCCGAGAUGAGGGGCCCUAUCCGGGCGAUGAACGCCCAUUCACGAGAUCCUCUUCGUUUGGGUGGCCGUCCACUUCACUUGGCUUACGUGCCCAGUCCCCCAAGCUUGGGUCUUUGGUUUUCAGAUCUCCCACCGUCUUUGGCUUCCUUAAGCGAUCGGGCGUUGAUUCAGUGUCUCAGCCGGUUGGCGCCCAUUCUAGAGAUUACACUUAUUAAUCGAACGGAUCCUAAUGUUCGAACCCAACCGACUUCAACUUCGUCUGCUAAAUCACCACAGCAGCUGCACUAUGCUGCCUAUAUCCGCCUGGCUUCUACCGAUUAUGCUUCGCAACUUCUUUCAGAGUUGCGUUCCGGGAAGCAUUUCGGUGCAGAUGCCUCACCGCCUCCAUCUCAUCCUUCAAGUCCUUCACUACCGCGUCGCCCAUUUGCAGUGGAUUUUGCAAGUCCAAGACAGACAAUCCUCGUGAACAGCUUGCAGUUGAAUGCCGCCAGAUCUGGUGGUUCCGCUCGCAUACGCGUCAUAAGUGCACAAAAGUCCACUGGGUCGCCUACGUCAACUCACAACCAAUCGGCAGCAACAACAACCAAUAGUGUCCCAAGAACCGACAAGACGACAGAUUCUGCUUCAGACGUACGCCUCCAACGCAGCAGCGGUACGCACACCUUGUCACGGUGUCCUGCAUUCCCUGUCACAUCCGACUCGCUAUCAGGAUCCCAUCACGCCGUCAGCUCUCGGAUGUCUUCCCCGAAUUCGCGAACUACUCACAAUGCUAUCGACAAAUCCGUGUGUCACGACAUUGCUACGUCAAACCCUCCACGAACAACCGCUACGUCAGAUGCUUUGUUUUCAUCUGGUUUCAUUCAGUCUAUUGAUCGAACGCGUGACACAAGCCCAAGCAGUUUAAGCACUAGCAGCAGCAGCAGUAGCCUGAGCAGCGAAAGCAGUAGUAGUAGUGUUAGUAGCUCAACAUCAAGCGUCACUUCAUCUAGCUCUUCAGCUUCUUCGGCCCGUUCCAAAUCCCACAGGACGCCCUCCAAUACGAGUGCUAAACGUAACUCUGGUAGUCCUCGGGCGCUAAAUUCCAGCAAAAUUACUCGGCGUGGACGAACGGCACCUCUUUCGAGCAAUCAGCCAUCCAGAAAGCAGGAUGCCAUAUCACCUAGCGUUCCUGUUUGCGUUUCCUGUGAGCCUUCAGUUGCUUCUACCCACUGCAAAUCGGGUGACGCCCCUCUGUUCUCGUGGUCAGCAGAAUCAGGGUCUCAAUCUCUAGUGCGUCGUCCGCUGAGUGUUAUGACGACCAUCACUACAGCUGUGGUGUCCCCUGCGCGAAGCUCUGCUACCAGUAGUUGUGGUCUUUCCAGUCCUGGUGGUUCUUGCUCCUCAGCUGCAAUAGCUGGAUUGUCCAACACCAUACGAGCACCUCAUGGCGAUUGUCCAACUGAACAUGGCCCUACGGCUGACAAUCAACUACCCACAUCGACUGUGCUCUGCUCAACGCCUCACCCCCCACCUGUUACGUUACUAACUGGAAGCUUUCGAGCAAGCCCUGCAGUGCAAAACAGUAUCAGUGCAAGCAGCGGAGUCAGUAGUGGUGGUCGGAGCUUCAGUAGCACUAGCAGUAACAGCAGUACUGGUAGCAGUCCUUUAACCGGUGGUCAUCCUGGAUCUCUGCAAACUUCCGGGUUAAAACCAAUUACCAGUGGGGCAUCGAGUCAGCCUAAACCCUCAACCGCUUUGGCAAACCUAUCCUGUGCAGUGAAGAAUGAGGGAAUCCUGUCAACUGCAGAUCUUACAUCUCGUUCAAAUGUUACGCGGACAAACUAUCAGGGGUGGUCUGCGGAACGUAAAUCGCGUCUUUACUGUACAGAGGUUUCCUCCGGGCUAAAACUUCACCUUUCUACGAACUGCCCUAACUCUCGUUCACCUGCCAACGUCAACGUAACACCCAAUAAUCCGCUUACUGUAUCCAUAAAGUUGAACGGUUCCUGUCAAGAUCUGCAAACCGGUUCGUUGACUUCUCCUUCCGCCCUGUCUACGCAUUCAGAACUAUUUGGUUGCAAUGAAGUUAGACGUGGACACGAGUCACAGCCUUUGUCCCCAGUAUCAGCACCUCCACUAAACUGCAACUCUAUCCGGGGUUACACUCCUUCGACAGACGUCGGUUGCGAGAAACCCUCAAGUGACUACGCUGCUAGUGGUCUGAGUACACACUCAACAGAUUGGUUUGGUGUUAACUCUCCUGUCUAUGAAUCCAUGUAUGACAAAAUUAAACGCCGGACAAAUAAAGAGGCCGAAGAACGCAGACAGCGUCAGCUGGAGGCUUCUGCUGCAAGAGAAAAACAACGUCGCAAACAAAGAAAGAAGGAAGAAAAACAGUUGAACAAGUCCCCUGCACUCAGUAAUGUCCCAUAUACUCCUCCGGGAUCAUUCGGCAGCGAGCACAGCGUCAAAACAGCCUUCACGAAUUCUAGUGGCAAAUCACAUCGCUCAAAAUCUGGUCGAUCUAAACGAGGUCUGCCUACCUCGAAGCUCCAUGUUUUACGUUCUAAGGAAUCUACAAAUAGUCGCUCGAAAAAUGAAAUCAACUUCAAUGGAGAAUCGUCAGAGUGGAACACUAAACACUAUAGUCACUUAUGGUCCCAGUCUGAAAGAUUUAUAAACCCUAAAGAAAUAACCUGUCAUACCUCUGGUUUGUCCAAGGAACCAGUGAAUCACAAAAACAAACGGCGUCGAAGGAAUCUAAGCCCUCUCUCUUCGUCUUUGUCCAGUGACGAUGGCAGGAAUUCUGUGUCUCCUCCAGGUACCCUGACUCGCCUCAGUCUUGGCAUGCGCUUUCCCGUUUCAGCUACGUAUCACGAAUGUGUGAGACCUAAAGGUUCUCCGGAUUCGAAAUGGUCGAUGGAUGAUGACAAUGAAUCGCUAAGCCGUUUGAGCACGUCGUUGUCUUGCUCGAGUAGCGAAAAGUCACUGCAUCGAUUUCAGUACAAGUCGACGGCCCAUCAACGGGCCAACUCAAAAUCCAAUACAUUCGUAUCCUCAAAGGAACAUCAUGCACGGAUAACUACAACAAAAGGCACUCCGACCUCACAUAUGCGUGAUCCGAAAUCCCGUUCUGAUAGAACUUCACUUUGUGCCACGAAGCGUACAGCUGCCAGUCUCCGACAUUCAUCGCGGUCUUCACAGUCUACUAAUGACGCCCGAGGAAAGAGUCCUGUGUCUGUUCUAGGCGUUCGCAGUCGAAAAUUUAUGGGCAGCGUGUCUAAAGUCAAUUCAUCGUCGGUCACUCACUCGAAACCCAGUAAGAAAAAUCUAGAGGUUUCAAAGACGAAGUAUCCUUUGGGUUCGAAGCGACCACAUGAUGGAAUGACUAAGUUCAUCAAGGUCCAAAAGAAACAAUGUUUGGAGCCAACUAAUGAGCCUAAGCCAACUUCUCAGCGACUGACUUUCACUAGAACUAAGCGUAUAUAUGAAUCACGCCCUCGUAGCCCACAUUCAUACUUUUCCGAUGAUGCGACCGUAUUAGACUCUGAAACGGAAGACAUUAAAUGUUCUGACUCUAUCUCACACACAACAGGUGCUAGCGAUUACAACGGUCUCAAAUGGCCUCAACAGCGCCACCCGCUAGCAAUACACAGUGGAACUGACGACUCCAGUCUUCCAGUUACCCGUAGCCCGAGUCCAGUUACCUGUCGUAGUCCCAUUCGGUUGGGAAACAAGCACUCUAAACGAGAUUUUCUUGGUGAUCCUAUCUCCCACGAAUCGGCGAUUUGCAUGGACGACACAAAGGGCUCUACUUUUGAUGCUUUUGUUGAUACCGAUAGGUUUUCCACCAACUCAAAAUCAACACCCUCCACGGAACCCAUGGAACAGAUGGAGCUGAUCGAACGCGACUUGGGGAUGAAAUUUAGUGAUGACGAAUGGCAUUCGAGUGUGUCUUCCACAUCCCCACAUCCAGCCAACAUCGAUUUCGACAUGGAUUAUUGUCCGAUUGACCGAACGGAGCAGUCGUCUACCACCUAUCAGUCAACUUCCUUUUCAUCUCAAAUGUUAUCACCUACCGGAAAGCUUCCAUCCCCUACACCUGAUGAGUCAGACAAUGACUCGUUGCACAUAGAUCACGGGCCGAAAUUGUUUACUGUACCACCGGCAGAGUUAAAGAAGGAAGAUCAAUCGCAUAGACACGCUAGAAACUUCCCAUUAAUCGCUACCAAAGAACAGGAGACCGAGGAAAUGUCACUUAAGCACGAUCCAGCUGCUAUCCUUAACAAAUUUGAGGAUGCUUUAAGUUCACCACCUUGCAGUGAGUCUAAAGUGGCCGUGUCUGACGGAUGCAGGGAAAACAACCCCACGUGUGUUGUCGCUCCAAAUAUUGCCUCUGAAACACAGCUAAUAGUUGAUACAAAGCGAGACGUCAAACCAACCGACUCUACGGUGUCGUCAGAGCCUCCACCUCAGGAUCUCGUCCAUGAUAGUUCCUCUCAGUCAUCAACCAUGCGUGACCGUGUUCCUAUAUCAGAAUGCUCUGUUUCACCUAACCUGGAUGUUUGUCAACCUGUUGACUCCAAAACUUUGAUUUCCACAGACUGCAACAAUUCGCUAGUCCAUGUCACUACGCUUAACAAGCCGGAUGCUAACUCAAAGGAUGAGCUCCCUCCACAUCCAACUACUCAAGCCUCUAAAGUUUGCCGAUCCGCUGUGACUACCCCAGUAGCAAACAAAUUGGAAGGUAAACCGUUGCCAACAACUUGCUCGACGGGCCUCAAGACUUUCGAUCACAAUGUUGGACAGAUAGAUUCCUGCAGUUCAUCUGGCCUGGUUUCGCAUGUCAAUUGUACCGACUUGACGCACUUACCAAACAAAUUCGACCAUCCGUCUGAAGGGGCGUUGCCAUGCAACGCAAGUGUGCCCUCGUACCCUGCCAUGCAUGCGACGAAGAAAACUCAUACGUAUACCCAAGAAGCCACGAAAGGACCCGUAUCUGCCAUUCCUCCAUCGUUGGGUCCUCCAACUGAAGUACAUGACAUAACCCGUUAUGUACAGAGUGUGAUCGAGCGUGUCAAGGCCGAGCGGGUCGAGGAAACACAACAAGCAGCGGCGGCAGCAGCCCAAUACCAGUCGUCAAACCUAACGGUGUCAUCGCCAAACUUCACGUGUGCACAAUCUGCUCGGCCGGUCUCUGACAUGUCGCAUACGACCCCCAUAUCAGUUAACAGUACAUCAACAGCCGGCAGACGUUCGGGAAACAGCCAGCGAAAACCCCUGCUAGUUACAACAAGCACAUGUUCUUCCAUUAAAUCAGGUCUGAGUACCAAUGUGAAGUGGUCCGUCGCGUGUAACCCAACAGCCACUCCAUCAGCGUGUGCACCAUCCGGUGUUGUAACCUCGAGUGAGCAAGUAAGCUGCAUUCUACCCGCGUCUGUCCCUCUUACUUCCACGGAUUCGCUUCCUACUGCAUCUGAGUUGCAGAUGCCGACUAUUCCAGGCGUCAACGCCUGCGCUCCAUUGACUGUAUUUCAGCCUCAGCUGAUGCCUGGUCGUGUCACCAGACAUUCACUUCAACAGGCCCAACUGCAAGCGAGCGCUGUUGCUAAGCGUUCCGAUCAGACUUUGACGGAAUCCGCUCUUUCGCUGGCCUCACCUGUUCCCACUCGGCGCCGGCGACGAUCUGAAACUAAGAUUUCAAGCAACAGUUCUACUAACAGUGAUGCGGUCACGGCGUCUCAUCUCUCGCCUACACUUAAUAAUAGUGACAAAUCUCAAUUCAAAGCCGCGCCGCAUUCACUACCGAGUGCGAAUGCGACAACCUCAAAGCAAGCAGUGAGCUCGUCUGUCACCGAUGAUGACAAUUCGAAGACUGGUAUUCAAUCUAACACCUCGAUUUGUUCUUCGGUUCCUUCAUCUAACACAAAGACACAAACUUCAGUCGACCCAUACGAACCUAACUUUGACGACGAAUCUCCUCCUGGAUUUGACCAUACUCAGUUGCAUCAUCACCGUUCAACUUCUCCAGCUUGCUCGUCGCCUGCCGCUAACCAGACGUCGAUUGCUGUGACAAAGAAGCCAGCGACGGUAGUCAUCACUUCGGUUGCAACCAGCUUACAGCCACCAAGCAGCACAACUUCGAGUAGCAGUCCAAUGACCAAAGCUAAUUGUCCGGUUACUUCAUCCAGUGCUGCGCCAACCACGGUCCCAACACUCGGUUCCACCAUAGUAUCUUCAGUUGCCGGACAGUCUGACAGCGUUGACGAGGUCAUUCGAGACGUGUGUGCCGGUCAAUUUGACGUAGAAAGUUACCUCAACAGUUGGCGAUCUGAUCAACACAACUCAGUUCUCCGUCCCUCCAAGGGUUCAGUAAGCCCUAGGGUCUGUGUGGCGCAGACCCUUGGCGUCACUGCAACGUCGCCGGUGACUACCUCCCCAGUCCUUCCAGCGGCACCAAAAGUCACCCCUGCCUCGUUGCCCGCCAAACCAUUUCCGAUUGCGCUGGCAACAGAGCCUGUGGUUGCAGCAGUAACCAUUCCGGUUAGUUCAAGUACCAAUGCAGGUAAAUCGUUUGCUCCCGGAAAAAAUGGUUCGAAUAACAUCGUGAACAUAGUCAACACCCUACUUGCCGCCCUGCAACUCAUUCCGGGAAGCCAGGUAACAGUCACAGGACCCACAGCUGCUGCUGGUGUGGGUGGAAUCGGAACAGGUACCAUUUCGGCCACAACGAUCACUCUUCCGGUGAAUGCUGCUCGCCAAGCUGCUGCGAACAUAAAGGCUGCGGUUCUUUCAGCGACGAAUGCUAUCCCGACCCCUGUCACUGAAGUUCAAAAUCCGUCUGUUAGGAAAAUAACUCCAGAUCCACCAGUAUCUGAGCCUCAAGUGGUCACCAUGGCAACGUCAUCCUCCACUAUCAGUGAUACCACUGCGGUAGGUCUUCCCCCGUGUAGUUCCUCGCCGCAUGUCUCCAGUAUCCAUCAUCCUGCUGCUUCUCAUCCAGACCCACAAACAGUCUCUCCUGGUACCACACAACCACCGCCUCCUUCCUCAUCCUUUGUCGCACCUGCACAGGGCGUCACAGGAACCGGAAGAGUCAAACGUCUCAGUGGAACCGCUUUGAAAAAUACUCCUUCGAAGACUUCUGAUCCGCUUCGUCUGGAGGCUGCAGUCGAUGGGGUCUCUGUGGAAUCACAGGUAACGAACGUAUUGCGACAGCUCAAGAACCUUCCUCAGGAGUGUUUGCCUCCAUCAUCCCGUGCGGCAGUGGCUGUUCCAAGCACACAACAUAUACCUCCUGGACUUCCUAUACCAUCAAUACCUCACAACUCAUUUAAUGCCGCUUCUCAUCCACCUAGCCCAUGCAUACCCACAGCGAAUGCUCCACAGAUACACACCAUGGGGAAUGGGCCUUCUUCAUUCGUGUCUCUGCCUUCACUGACACUGACCAACACUCCUAUGCAGCAGCAGUCCUAUGGUCGAGGUUUAACUCGGGCGCCUUCUGCUCCCUUGCUUCCAGGCCGUAGCCCACCUCUGUCAGCUCCCCCAAUGACAAGCCACAGUAUCCAAACUCUCAUCGACCGACUGGGUGGUUCAGUAGAACCAUCCGUUCUGAUGGCACUCGCUCAAGCUGCAGUUAACGGAGGGACCGGUUUGUGCGGCGGUAUGAGCGACGCACUGGGUCGAGGAGAAACCGAAGCCCAGAUAACCAACUACCUUCGGAGGGUGACUCAACAAAUGAACGAUACAAGAACAUGCGCUGGGAUAGCGAGCAGUAAACACUUCGGAUCGACUAAUCUUUUGGAAGCACAAACCAAAGUGCCGUUGCGUCAGACAGUUUCGUCGCCAAACACAACUCCUUUGGUUGCUCCGCCUAACCAACAGCAGCGCCUUCCUUUGUCGGUGGCACCUAUUGGGCUACCUAAUAUGGGUACAGAUGCAGCUUUAGCCGCUGCGGCUGCCGUGUCACGCGCAGUCGGAUCAUCAGACACUGGGACCUUGAUUUCACCUCCGAUCACCCAAUCUCGCCCGGCCUCCAAUCAGUCCACGCCAAUUGUUACUACCUCUACAACUCCGACAGCUCAUCCUUCUUGGCCGUCAAUUAGUCACGCCUACCCGUUGGUUUGGCAAGGACGUCUAUCGCUCAAAAACGCAGAAACUCGAGUUGCACUUCAUUACAUCUACGGAAAUCCAAACUUGCUUCAUGACUGUAUGCGACUUCUUGCCUCUGGAGGGGGUGGACAACCUCAACAUUCGCUGGUAGCCAGCGGUGGACCCUUGCGUAUAGUGCAACGAAUGCGGCUUGAACCAGCACAACUUGAGGGAGUGCAACGCAAGAUCCACCAAGAGGGCGCCUCUUGUGUAUGUUUAGCUAUUCCGGCUGGAAACGGAGCAGUUGAAUUGAUGCAGCAGACGCAAAUACUAAAUGACAGUUUUAUCCGCUACAUGCAGGAAAAGAUGGCUGCUGGUAUUAUCAAUGUCGGUUUCCCCGAUUUUCAGCAGGGCCUGUAUGUCGUCCACAUAUUUCCACCCUGUGAAUUUUCUCACACGCAACUGGACCUCGCCGCUCCGGACCUGAAUCGCCGCGUCAUCCAAGCAAACCAGUCGCAUUUGCUCGUUGUGAUUACUACGGUUUGAAGCCAUGAUCGUGCUAGUUGAUGAAAACUGGUCUCCAACCUGGUUCACAACUUUAUUAAAAUGAAUACAACUGCAAGGACCUAAGAUACUGCGAUACAACCACUCAGAAUUUCUACUCAUUUGAUCGAUUCGGUUUGCCCGUUUACGUGCAUUCGGCCAUUGUGUAUCACUUGGUCACCUACUUUUCGACCACUUGCAUCGAUUCUCUAGUCCAACUCCCCAUUCGAGUCUCAGCGCUAUCCAACUUUCGCUGGAUCCACGAAACACACCAUUUAACAGAAACGUAGUUAGAUGCAAAACUGAACAGACCCAGUCCAUCAAUUCAAUGGAGCCAAAUGCCAUAACACGUCCCAACGAUGUCGACUGUACUGGCGCGCUGUCACUGUGCAAUAUCCUGAUCUUCGUUUUACAAACCUGUUUCUAGCGCGCACAAACCACCGCUCCUGAACCUUUAACGACAGACUGAGCAAACUAGCGGUGGCUCAGCACGUCUGGAUUUUAUACCACCAUUUUCCCGGUGCACUACUGCAGAUCCUCUUACAUCGACGCCCGCUGUGUGAAGUGUAUUCCUUCGCCCUUUUCACCCUUAACUUCGUAUUCCGCUGCGCAUCCACAAGAGCGGAGAAGAGACCAACAGAUGGUGGUUUCAGCCCAUAUUUCUUUCUUUUUUGGUUGUGACACGCACAUGCCCUCUUGAUUUUUCUGCUCUUCUUCCUACCGCCACUUAUACGUGUGCGCGCUACUGCACAAUGCGUCGUCGCUUUUGGCUUUUGUACAGUUACUAAUCCAUCCACCCCUCAUAUCUUUAUCCCAUACUGUCCAUUCUCGCUUCAGAGAGUGGUGAAGAAUUCAGCAUCCCCAUCGUGACGAUAACAUCACGCAGUCGCCAAGUGUGAUACUUCCUUCUACCUGGUAUAUACACUUAUCCCAUCCCAAUCACUCACCCAUUCAGUUCCAAGUCACGCAUAUGUAUACACAGAUUCAUCUGUAUCUAAUAUCAUUGAAAAUUUUAUCGGAUUAUGUAUAACUUCUCGUAUCAGGAUCAAUUUUCACCCGUCGUAUAAUUUCUCGGGGCGGAGGGGAUGACAGCAAAGUAUAGUUUUCAGGUUGUCACUCACGUCCCGCCAAGUUUGUAGCUAUUUGGUCGGAUUAUUCGAUUCUGUUCUGUUGCUGUGAUCACUGUUGUACCGUUAUUGCCUGCCUAUGUAUAUUUGGUUACGUAUUGUUCGACCGUGACUUGCUAUCAUCGCCCUGAUUCAGUUGUAUCUACUAUUCUUUUUUCCACCUGUACACACAUGCCGUAGUUUCUGGAACUCCCGGCCCACAAGGCCAUCAGUUUCUACAAAGUGAAAAUAAAUUUUCGCAUUGAUCAAUC